CUGAAUUUGAUUUUAUCCGUUACUUUCGAGUGGAGUUUUAAGUUGUUGAGUUUGGUGGUCGUUCGUAUAUCAGCUUUUUUCCUAGUGCGUUAUCUUCUGGAAAGUUGAUAUAAUUGCGCAAAAGUUUAGUCUUUAGAGGCGGCCGAAAUACAUUAAAUAUUUCGGUUCGUACAGCUGCAAGAUCCACAAAUCACUAUAAUGGAGGUUCAAACUCGAAAACUCCGAACGGUGCAGUUACAUGACCAAGAAAAUAUUUAUGGGAAAACUAAAACCCACGCAGCGUUCCCUACAAAACGUGAUGGCUUAACUGUUCGUGGGGUUCUCGGCGAAAUAAAUGGUAAUUUGCAAGUUCAACGCGAUGUCAAUAAAGGAAAAAUCACUGUUACCGUAUCCGAGAUUGACAAGAAACCAAAUCGUGCUGCUCUUCGAAGCAAUUACAAUCAUGUACAAUCGAAAGUAGAUUCUGGACUAGCUACUAAGCCUGUAUUGCCUUCAAAACCAGCUUUAAGGCGUGAGGAGAGUACAGCUAGUCUUGCUGCAAAGGCAGCUGCUCGGACUAAGCUACUGAUAAAAGAAGCACAAAAGACAAAGGAAGCUAAAGAAAGUCAAGCAAAGAAGAAUGAGAAAAUAAAUGGUCUGCACGCUGUGAAGGAAGUAAAGACUACUAAGGCUAUCAAACCAAUUCUAAAAGACCCAACGGAUUCACUAGGAAAACUAAAAUUGUCUGAAGCAAGUUCGGAGAGACAGAAGAAAGACAAUGCUGAUGCGGGUUAUUUUGUAAAGCCAUUACCUCUACCAAAUGAUAUUGAAGACAUUGAUGCCAGGGACCGUAAUAGUCCCUUGCUUAUGUCAAUUUACAUUAAAGAUAUUUAUAGAUAUUUGACAGAAUUAGAAGAAAAAUAUCCCAUUGAAAAGGAUCACUUACAAAAUCAGACUCAUAUAACUGGUAAAAUGAGGGCAACACUCCUUGAAUGGUUGGCAGAAGUACAACAUCAGUUCUCAUUGUCAUUGGAGACAUUUCAAAUAACAGUUGGAGUUGUUGACAGAUAUUUACAGAUUGUCCCAAAUAUUCCGAAGAAUAAAUUGCAGUUGGUUGGUGUGACUGCUCUGUUCAUUGCAAGCAAAUACGAAGAUAUUUAUGCACCCAAUGUUAACGAUUUCAUUUAUGUGACGGACUGUGCUUAUACCAAGGAAGAGUUGUUCCAGUGUGAGAGAGACAUCAUUGUGAAAAUAGGAUACUGCCUCGCUCGCCCCAUACCACUCAGUUUCUUAAGAAGGUUUGUAAAAGCAGCUCACGGGACAUCGAAAAAUCACCACCUAGCUAAAUAUUUGGUUGACUUGGGCCUUGUUGAGUAUACAACUGCUCACUACCGUCCGUCGGAGGUCGCUGCGGCGGCCAUUUGUCUCUCUCUUCAUCUUCUAUCAAGCAAAAGCCUCAAAGAUGUAUGGACACCCACAUUGUCAUAUUAUUCUGGCUACUCUUUCGAACAUAUCAAUCCAAUAAUUAAGAAAUUAGCACAAAUUGUUGUCGAUGUGGAGAAAAAUAAGUUUAAAUCUGUGUUCAAAAUAUAUUCAUCAGCGGAAUUAGGCAAAGUAUCGACAUUACCACAGCUGCGGAGUGAAUCUAUUUAUACAUUGGCGGAAGUUUCAAGUAGCUAAGUGCAUUAGAUUUUGUAUAUUUGUAAUUCAUGACUUGUGAUUUGUGACAUGUGGACGUGUAGUUUUUUUUAAUUGGUUAUUGUUUUGUAAUUAGCUUUAUAUUUUUCUGACUGACUGAGUUUUUGUAUGUGGGUUUGAUUUAGUACCUGUUUGAUUUUGAA